AUGGCUUCAACUAUUACAGCUACCCAGCAAAAGAAGUUUGCGACUGAUCUGACGGACUAUGCCAAGCGUCGUCGGACGGACGGGCCCUACGCCGACAACCUCGAUGUAGAUGUUCUCAUCGUAGGCGGUGGAUUCGGCGGAGUUUUCAUGCUAAAGACUCUCCGGGAGAUGGGCCUGCGGGCCGUCAUCUACGAAGCCGGAACCUCUUUUGGAGGAACCUGGCGAUGGAACCGCUACCCCGGUGCCCGGGUUGACUCUGAGGUUCCAGAGUAUGAGUUCUCGUGGCCCGAGGUGUUCAAGGACUGGACUUGGUCGACCAACUACCCUAACUACCAGGAACUUCGUCAGUACUUUGAUCACGUUGACAAGGUCUUGGAUCUCUCCAAAGACUGCUCAUUCGAUACCGUAGUCACCGGCGCCCAGUUUCAGCCAGCCGAAGGCAAAUGGCACGUAAAGACUGCCGACGGCCGCCUGGCAAAGAGCAAGUACUUUGUCGUCGCAGCCGGCUUCGCCUCAAAACGCUACAUCCCCAACUGGCCCGGCGUCGAAAAGUUCAAAGGCGUAGUGCACCACUCCUCCUUCUGGCCCGAAGAAGACGUCCCCGUCCGCGGCAAGCGCUGCGCCGUCAUCGGCACCGGCGCCUCGGGCGUCCAAAUCUCCCAGGAAUGGGGCAAAGCCGUCGGCGAGAGCGGCGAGCUCAAAGUCUUCCAGCGAACGCCAAACCUCGCGGUGCCGAUGGGCAAGCGCAACCUCACGGCGCAGGAGCAGAACAUCUCCAAGGAGUGGUACCCGCGCCUCUACCAGCUGCGCGAGAAGUGCUUCGGCGGCUUCUUCUACGGCAUGGUGGAGCGCAACACCUUUGACGACUCGCCUGAAGAGCGGGAGGCGUUCUAUCGGCAGCUGUGGGAGCACGGCGGGUUCCGGUUCUGGUUGGGUAAUUACAAGGAUAUGUUGUUCAGUGCGGAUGCGAAUAAGGAGGCGUACGACUUUUGGGCGAGGAAUGUGCGGACCCGGAUUGGGGAUGCAAGGAAGAGGGAUAUUUUGGCGCCCAAGGUUGAUAAGAUGCCGCACUUCUUUGGCGUCAAGAGGCCUUGCUUGGAGCAGAACUACUAUGAGCAGUUCAACAAGGCGAAUGUGGACGUUGUCGACAUCAGCAAGAAUGAGAUUGACAGCUUCACAGAGACGGGUAUCAGGUUGAAGGAUGGGACGACGUACGACUUUGAUGUGGUUGCCAUUGCCACUGGUUUUGACAUCACCACCGGAGGCAUGACAAACAUGGGCCUAAAGAGCAUCAACGACACCUACCUCCAAGACGAAUGGAAGGCCGCGGCAAACACCUACCUCGGCACCACCGUCAGCGGCUACCCCAACAUGUUCCACAUGUACGGCCCCCACGGUCCCACGCUGCUUAGCAAUGGGCCCUCAACGGUCGAGGUUCAGGGCCGCUGGAUCGCGGACUGCAUCCGCAAGAUUGAGCGGGAGAGCAUCAAGUACGUCAAUCCGACCGCGGACGCGACCAAGGCGUGGAAGCAGCGGAUCAACGAGUUGAGCGACGCGAGCUUAUUCCCGACGACGCGGUCGACGUAUAUGGGUGGGUCGAUGCCAGGUAAGGCGUUUGAGCAGGUUAAUUUUGCGGGUGGGAUUCCGCAGUAUGCCAAAGAGAUUCGGGAGAAGUUGGAUGGGUGGACUGGAUUUGAUGUUGUUAAGGAUACAAGGGAUAAGAGUAGAAUUUGA